GCGGCUCUCAGCUUGUUUGUUUUGACAGCUCUUUAAUUGUGAAUUUUCACAAAAAUACAUUUUAUUGCAUUUUCCUGUGGAUUUGUCGAGUGAUUGCUUCCUGUAGCGAUAGAAACUGCUGCCACAAGCCAUGACGGACACGACUCAGUCACAGGAUGAAGUGAGAAAUCGGGGGACGCAGGAAAAAUUCAGUGUUCCGCUGGAUGAUGUCUCGCCCAAGGAAGCGUACUUUGCAGCACUCAGAAUUUGGGUGAACCAGGCGAAUCAGAGUCACAAUGCCAUGGCCUACUUCCCGUAUUACCUCAUGUCCAACUACCCGCAGCUGUUCCCGCAGCAAACAUCCGCGACAGCCACGCAAGAGCCCCGGAAUUUAUUUGGGAACCAGCCAGAUUCUUACGACAGUCCGACGGAAAAUGAAGAGACCAUCCCCGGAAGCUAUGAGUUCGUUAUCGCGCCCUUCUGGAAGAGAGUACUGGCCGAGAUGGUAGACGUAAUGAUAGUCUUGUUGAUCAAGCUUCUCAUCACUUUUGGCAUCGUUGAUCUUCUGGACAUCGAUAUCAAUAUUGAAUUUAACUUCGACACCAUCAGGAGCUCCAUCGAGGAUGACUACUCCGGGUUACUGUCUCUCACCACCGAGCUGUUGAUCCUGGAGAUCGUCACAAAGCUGGCGGUGUGCGUGUACGAAGCCGCUUGGACGGCUCAAGGCCAUGGAAUUCUGGGCGGAGCGACGCCCGGAAAGAUCAUCUUCGGCCUCAGGGUCCUGUAUGUGGACGACGUAAUGCCCCUCGAGCCACCGCCGCCAAUAGGCCUCAACAUGGGCGCAUCCAUGAAGGCUCUCAUCUAUCCAGCCACGAAUCCUGGCUUCCGGCGCGCGUUGUUCCGCGCCGUGACCAAGAACGCCAUGAUGGCCCUGCUGUUCCCCAUGUGCAUCAUCAUGUUCUUCUUCAGGAACAACCGCACCGGCUACGAUAUACUCACGAGCACGAUCGUGGUGGAGGAGAACCCCGCGCCGGUGUUCCGGCGACGUUAAUUCAGUUCGACCACUUUCGCAACUGCAUGAUUGAUAGACCCCAGCAAAUGUCCCGCGAGUCUUCUUCACCCGCAUCACGGGCACUUUCUCCCGGGUUCGCACCUGCCGCUGGUCUGCAGUCCACUCUUGUGAUUGCCACCGAGCAUUAUCCAGUCAAUGUAAUAAACAUAAUUUACCAAAAAUAUA